UCGGGUGCAAAUGCUUUUAGACUGAAGCAAAGGACACCGAAAUAAGAUCCUCAUGUCCUUCACUCCGCCACCUCUUGGUUUCUCUGGCGUCUCGAGUCUCCCCCCGCCGCCAAGCACCGCCGCCGCCGCCGUCGACCUUCCAGUCCUGGUCCUCUCCACUUGCCCCUCACUACCGAUAAGCAUUUCCCUUGCCAAAAAUCUCUCAAAUGAGGACACGGAGCAUGGCGUCCAAACCCGAACCAGUCCCCUCCACCCACGGGACGGCGGCUCGUGCCCCAGCGCCGGCCUCCGUGAGUGCCUCCACCCACGGGACGGCGGCUCGUGCCGCAGCGCGGGCCUCCGUGAGUGCCUCCACCCACGGGAAGGCGGCUCGUGCCCCAGCGCGGGCCUCCGUGAGUGCCUCCACCCACGGGACGGCGGCUCGUGCCCCAACGCCGGCCUCCGUGAGUGCCUCCACCCACGGGACGGCGGCUCGUGCCCCAGCGCCGGCCUCCGUGAGUGCCUCCACCCACGGGACGGCGGCUCGUGCCCCAGCGCCGGCCUCCGUGAGUGCCUCCACCCACGGGACGGCGGCUCGUGCCCCAGCGCCGGCCUCCGUGAGUGCCUCCACCCACGGGACGGCGGCUCGUGCCCCAGCGCCGGUCUCCGUGAGUGCCCCCACCCACGGGACGGCGGCUCCUGCCCCACCGCCGGCCUCCGUGCGUGCUCCCACCUAUUGUGCCACCGUGCAGAGAUGCGUUGCGCUCCUUGACUGGUGGCUGGUGAGGGGUCAAGGCGGCAAGAUCCGUGUUGCCGGGUACAUCGACAACGUCGAGAAGAAUCGAGCAGGUCGAGUAUUCAGUUCUGGUUCCAUUACGGUGCGGCAUGCUGAUGGUACUCUUGAGACUGCAGAUAACAAAAUUGUAUUAACUAGGGGUCCAUUAAAUAUCGAACAGAUGCAUUGGAAUGGAUUUUCUCGUGAGGUUUCGGAACAGUUCAGGCUUGGUUUUCCUAUUCAAUGGGAGAAAUAUGCUAAUUCUAACAUGAAACAGGCGAAUGAACACAUACUAUCUCCAGCAAAAUCAACUGAAUAUUGUGUAGAGAAGUUCUUGCGCAGCAGCUUUGCCAAUUCAAUGGAACAUACUUUGACAGGGUUUGAUUUCAGAACAUCUAAAGAGUCUACUGGUAAUACAGAUGGACCUGGGCUUCCAAACUAUGUAAAACCAAGAAUUCAGGAACCUUCUGGCAAUAGUGUUGGUUAUGAUAACUCAGUGAGCAACAUGGCUGCAUCUGAGGGAUUAUGUAAUGAUAGGAUGGGUACGCCUGAUGAAUCUUUUGAAGAUCCUGGACCUGGAGAAACAUGUAAUGGUCAAGCAUCUAGAGCAGAUAACUCACAUGAAGAUAUACAGACAGAUGCAAGUGGGCAGAGGAUUGUUACUCACUCCGCGGACUCUACUUUAGUUAAUAAUGAUAUAGAUAAAAUAGAAGAAGAACGUGGAUCUUCCAAGUUGGGCAACAGCUCAGUGUGUCCCGGAACAGAACAUGUGUCAGAAGCACUAAACCAAGGGGCGAGUCCAGAGCAUGGAAGUGUUCAGUGUUCAAGAAGACUACGGAGCGGCAAAGUGUAUGGAAUGUCUAAUGGUGCGUCAUUGAAGAGGCGGUACUCCAAGAGGAAGACAAUGCAGCACGGAACAUUGAGUAUGAAGGUGAUACCAACUGAAGAGACAACACCCCCUGCCGGUCCGACUUGUCACAAAAAGGGUGGCUCAGUUGCUCAAAUCACUGCUUUGGAUAAGCUUCAAUCAAAUGAUUCGGGUCGUAAAGGUUACUUAAAUAAUUUGCAUUAAUUUCAUCAACUUUUUAUCUCUCAGCUAUUACUUGGUGGCAGUAACAUCACAAAGGCUUGCUACUACUCCCUCCGUUCCAAAUUACUCGUCGCAGAAAUGGAUGUAUCUAGAACUCAAAUACAUCUAGAUACAUCCAUACCUGCGACAAGUAAUUCGGAACGAAGGGAGUAGUUAUUAGCAAUCACCGACGCUCAACGCAUGCUUUACACAAUAUAUAUAGCACGAAAGUGAAGCCACCUCUGAAUUUUAGAAAGCUAGUCUUAAAACAAUGCCAUAGUUGAGUGUUAAUGCUUUUGUAUGGUAAAAACAUUAAGUGUUGCAAAACCUCCUUAACUCCCUGUAUGAACAUCAUAUUUUGUUGUCCCAGGUAAUGAAUGUCGUUAAAAAAUCAUGCUUCAGUCCAGAUAAGUGGGCAUCGAUCUUUUUGUACUCUAAACCGAAAAAAUUGUAUCCACUGCCCUGGUACUAUGUAAACAUAAUGAUUGCGAAACUGCGGUAGCCAAAUAACGAUAGUUUGUUUGUUGAAUAAAUGUAAUCCGUCUUAAAAGUUCAAGCUCAAGCCAUCUAAAACUUGGUUAUACAACUUCUGAUGAUGAUUAGUACCAUACCAAAUAGAUGGAAAACUGAGAAAAAAAACUAAGAUAAUAACCUUAUAUGGGAGGACAGCAUGCUUGGCUAAUCACACAGUACCAGUUGCUUGCUUGUCCACAAAUCCAUCUAGGUACAAAUUGUGUUCUCCUCGUCUUAGCAGACAUUGUUCGUCAAAAGAAAAGCUGUACUACCAACCAUGAUUAGUGCCACAAAUUCCUGAACCACUUUAGAGAUACAUAUUCGAUUUGAGUUAAAGAUGAAUGGUCAGAUCGUAUGGAUCCCACGACCUCGUGUUUUAGAUAGUAGUAUAGAUUCGAUUUUAGCUAAAUGCUUUUCUCUUAGAACCGGUAAGCAGUUCCUGCAAAACAUGUGUUCAAUUCAAUUUCUUUACCGCACGUAAACACUGGUUCGGCGACAUUAUAUUACCAAGGGCUGCUUGCAUUUACUGCAACAAAUAUUGAAAGCUUGUGCGUUACCAAUGACCGUUCAUGUGGUAUUACUGUUCACAUGACAUGGAAGACCUAGAAAGAAGGCGAGGAGGUAACAUUCGGCACGGUGCGGUGAAAAUCGGAGCAACAUUUUGUGCUCAAAUCAGGAUAUGGAUAUCUCAUCAAACGUAGCACAACUCUUGCAUAUGUGCUCAAAUCAGUUGUGCUGUUGUGUGACGGGUUAGAGUUCUGCUAAUGUUGUAGGAUGAGGAACAUGCUACUGUUGUGCAAUGGGCUAGCACAUCAGUUAUUUUGC